AUGGAUACUGAAAAUGCCAGUGCGAUGGGAGUACCUUCCGAGCUUAUCCAAGCAGGCGAGCAAGCUGCAACGCCGAAAAAACCGGUCGAAACAGCACGCUCGAACGAAGACGCUACUGCCGAAGUUGCUGAUGGAAACACGGAAGAGUUGGCUUUAGAUGAUUCUGUCAUUGAAGAAAAGGCGAACGGAGUGAGCGGCUCAAACGAAACAGAGACAGAAUUGGAAGCGGCGGAAGGUGGUGUUGAACAAGUUGCCGAAUGGCCGACCGAGUGCAGUAUGAGCACAGAUGAGCCAGAAGAGACGCGGAGCAGCCAGCCAGAAGAGGCUCCAGCUGAGGUUACCCUUUUCCCAUGUUUCGUUAUUAUGCGUAAGCUUGUGAAAAAUUCAGUGCAUGUGCUCAGCUAUCAGCGCCAAACGUCAAUUGUCCCUACACGAGACAUGGGAGAACAUGAAAGUAUUGAAAAAUGUUGCAUUGCUGCUGACAGGGUGUAG